AUGGCUGCACAUUUGAUCACGGACAAACGCCUUUUGACUCACUAUUGCAACAAGCUGGACACUAUCAUCUCAAGAUUCAAGGGAGAGGAACUUGAGACCCUUAACGUAGCCGCAGCGCAAGACGAAUCAGCUUCUCAUUACACAAGGGAAAAUCUCCAGCGACUCAGCGAAGCAAUAGGAGCUUUAGAUGCAGUGACGCACAACAUCAAACAAACAAUGACGGAAUUUGCUACCAAAUUUACGGAGCUGGACUAUCCGACGGAAAAGGACAAACAAGACUUUGAGGAAUACUCAGCAAAAGCGGAAAAAGCGCUCAUUUCGGCCACGGAUUACUCACUAGUGCUGAAGGCAAGGGUUCACGCUUUCAUUAUGGUUAAAGCAGAGCCAGAGCACAACCAACACAGUGGAUCAGUCCAAAUACAAACGACAUCACUGCCUCAGCAUGAAAGAUUGGACCUUUCCACACUUCCUGUACCUACAUUUCAAGGAAACAUAUGGGAAGGUAAUACUACGGCAGACCAAGGAGCGUCAAGGAAGACAAGUCCACCGUUGAGCGAAGGGGAAAAACCCAAAGCCCGAGAUACGGAACGACAUCCAACGCAUAAAGAAACAAGAAAGGACAAUCGAAUAUUGCCAAAGCGAAGAAGAUUCGGCUGUGUUAUCCUUGUUGCAGCGACGCACAUGGCAGCAAACAAAGCGCAUUGUAGCCUGGAUUCUCCGUUUCGUCAGAAAUGUCGUAGGCCAGGCAAGUGCCAACAACCAGUUACCCAUAUCAUUAUCUACGCUACUUUCCGUACCGAGUAA